AUGGCAAGAAUAGGAGCCUCAAUGGCUUCUUCAAUCACAAUCUUUUUAGUGAUUUUCAUAUCUCUUACCUUUCCUUCAAGAACCAUAGCACAUGGUUAUUUCUAUGAUUCACCACCACCCCCAACUCCAGUGUACACAUACGAAGCACCACCACCACCUACACCUCCGUAUAUGUACAAGCUUGCACCGGGGUACGAGCUUCCCGUUCACAAACCUCCAGUUUAUAAGCCCCCUGUUUACCAGCCUCCCGUUCACAAGCCUCCAGUUUAUAAGCCCCCUGUUUACAAGCCUCCAGUACACAAACCUCCGGUUUAUAAGCCUCCCGUUUACAAGCCUCCAGUGUACAGGCCUCCCGUUUACAAGCCUCGUGUGUACAAACCUCGUGUUUACAAGCCUCGUGUGUACAAACCUCCUGUUUACAAGCCCCACGUUUAUAAGCCUCAUGUUUACAAACCCCCAGGGUACAAGGCUCCAGUUUACAAGCCACCCACCCCCGUCUACUGA